AGAGAUGCAUAUAUUUCCUAAGAUAUCUUUGAGACCUGAAGUUGAAAACUAUCUCAAAGAGAGCUUUUUGAACAAGGAGGUUGUGUCUGCUUCAAGCAAACAGGAAGCUGAAAGGAAGUUUGAAGCUCUGCUGACUCAGCUGUCCCACCCUCCGUCGUUCACAACUGUCAGGGUGAACACACACUUAGCCUCGGUUCAGUAUGUCAGGGGUCUGCUGCAUGAGGAGCUUCAGAAGCAGUUCAGUGGAUUCAGCGUCCCUGUUCUCCAGCAUCCAGCCCUUCCAGAUGUCUUACUCAUCCCUGUGACUGGACCAAGAAAGAAUAUAGUAAAACAACAGUGUGAAGUGAUUGUUGGAGCACAGUGUGGCAAUGCAGUAUUAAGAGGCGCUCAUGUCUACGUUCCAGGAAUUGUGUCAGCUUCAAAAUUUAUGAAAGCUGGAGAUGUUAUUUCCGUAUAUUCUGAUAUUAAGGGGAAAUGUAAGAAAGGAGCCAAGGAAUUUGAUGGAACUAAAGUGUUUCUUGGAAAUGGAAUUUCAGAAUUAAGCCGCAAAGAUCUCUUCAGUGGGUUACCUGAUCUGAGAGGUAUAGGCAUAAGAAUGACAGAGCCUAUAUAUCUCAGCCCUUCGUUUGACAAUGUUCUACCCAGUUACUUAUUUUUACAGAAUUUGCCAUCUGCUGUUGUAGCUCAUGUUCUGAAUCCUCAACCUGGUGAGAAGAUUCUAGAUUUGUGUGCAGCACCUGGAGGCAAAACUACACACAUUGCAGCACUGAUGCAGGACCGGGGAGAAGUAAUAGCAUUGGACAAAAUAUUGACUAAAGUGGAAAAAUUAAAGCAGAAUGCCUCAUUAUUAGGGCUUCAUUCUAUCAGGGCAUUUUGCUUCGAUGCAACAAAGGCUCUUAAACUUGAUACAAUUGAUGACACAGAAGGGGCACCUCCAUUCUUGCCAGAAUCUUUUGACCGAAUUCUCCUUGAUGCACCCUGCAGUGGGAUGGGACAGAGGCCAAACAUGGCUUGUACUUGGACUCUGAAGGAAGUGACAUCUUAUCAGCCACUACAGCGAAAACUCAUGAAUGUGGCCAUUCAGCUGCUGAAGCCAGGGGGAGUGCUGGUUUACAGCACAUGCACAAUAACUCUGGCAGAAAACGAAGAGCAAGUUGCCUGGGCCCUCAGAACAUUCCCCUGCCUUCAGCUGCAGUCCCAGGAGCCACAGAUAGGAGGAGAAGGCAUGGUGGGAGCAGGCCUGCCACUGGAGCAACUGAAACAGCUGCAGAGAUUUGAUCCAUCUGCUGUGCCACUGCAGAACAGGAACACCGAUUCCCUCAGAGAUGCCAGCAGAGAAGACAUGAUCUGGCUGGCCAAUAAGGAUUGUAUAGGCUUCUUUAUCGCAAAGUUUCUAAAAUGUAAAAGCACAGAAGAGGUUUCUGGAAAAUGAAA